GUCUGUGCCAACAACAAACACUGUUGUGUACUUUACCGGUCACUUUACUAAUGUACAGUGGAUAUAAAAAGUCUACACACCAGCUGUUCAAAUGCUUGGAUUUUAUGACAAAGAAUGAGACCAAGGUGCCUCCAUUCAUGCAGGGCUGGGAGACGCAUUCAUUGACAUCAAUCUGACAAUGAGCACCCUGGAAGCCCGGCACACAGAAGCACGCGUAGGCAUCCUUGCGGCUUUGACACAAGGCUUGGUUUUGGCAAGGAUUUGGUGAGCAAAGAUCCACAGCUGGAGGGAGCCCCCAAGGUGUUGCACCUGUAAACACACAAUAUUGAGACAAGAUGAACCAGGACGGCAUUUUGGUAAAGCUGAAGAAGGAUGUCCGCUCUUUACUGAUAUCCUCUAAAGUGGAUUUGGACCCUGACCUACUGAGACGGGACUACAAAACUAUGGUGGGCCAUCCUCUGCCUCUGAAACUCCUGGGCUUCCGAAACAUCAUGGAUAUGGUAAAGGAGAUGCCUGAGGUGGUGUCAGUUAAUGUCAGAGAGGAUGGUAGCACAUUCUUGAAGGCUGUUAGCCAUGAAUCCACGCGAAACAUUGAGGAACUUGUAGCUAAACAGCGUAAAUCCAAUAUAGACAAGAAAAGAAAAAAUUGGCAGUUCUCUUCCUACCGCAACUGUCACCAGUCAAUCCCGUUGGUUCUUCCCAGAAGAGGUGACGCUCCUCUGGCCCUUCCUCCUCAGCUGAGGGCACAGCUGCGUAUCCUCCUCUCAGUGGGUCCCAUGAGGUUGUCAGAACUAGGGGCCAGUUUUCUGCGAUGCUUUGGCCGCACUCUACGUGUUCAUGAUUUUGGAUUCUACUCUAUUGGAGAGAUGCUGGAAGCUGCUGAAGACCUAGUUCACAUCCAGCAGGGCAUGUUUGGCUCCAUACUGACUCUGAGAGAGCAAAUGCUGCCCAGACCAUUUAACACACAACAGAACCUUGGAGCACCAAAGACCACAACCAAAGCGAGAGUGCCGACCCCAACAAAAUCCCCAGACACCACUGGGAGGUCUGUGCGCAAGGAGUCAACACAUGUCAGUUGCAAUUUGCAAGUGCUUGACAAGAACCAAGAACCUGAACCUCAGCUCUGCCAGAAAAGACAACUUUUUUGUCAGCGUUUCCUAAACCUCCAAGAGGAGUUUCAAAAGCAGAUUGUUGAGAAUGGAAUUGCUGGGACCAUAAAUCACAAGCUGAAAGAGAAACUGCUAAAGGUCGUCAGUCAAAGUAGCUGUGGAAUAUCUGUCCACCUUCUCCCUGAAGAGUACAAGAGGCUUUGGGGUGAGGACAUGCCACUGAAAGAGAACGGCUUUGUCAGUGUGACUGAGCUAGUUGAUGCCAUGAGUGACAUCUUACAACUGCAACAUACAGAGAGGGACGACCGACACGACUGGAUCGUUAAGAAUAUUCAGGGCGGUGUUCCUUUACACUCAGGUGAUCCUGGUAUAAAGCAGUCACAGACAAGCUGUCACACUAGAGAGUCUCUUUGGGAAGUCAGAAUGGGCGAUGAUGGUCAUAUCUUAUCAGCGGACGUGGUGGACGUAUUGACAAACAACCAUUUAGUGAAGCAAGAAAGGAUGUCACAGCUGUGUCCUCCCAUUAAGAUGCAUUGCAGGGCUGUUGUGCCCCUGGAUGCCCUGCAGAAUCAACAUCUUGAACGGCCGACGCCCCAUUCUGCUUUAGAGUUGGUACAAGUCAGGGUGGAACAUGUGGAGUCUCCAGGACUCUUCUACACCUGCUUCAGCGGUAGCGAGGAGGCUCAAAUCUUUGAGGACAUGAAGGUAGAGAUGAGACUAUGUUACUCCUCCCCUGACGUGUCAGAGCGCUACCGCCUCCCCAAGCGAUUUAUCCGACAAGGGCAAGUCUGCUGCGCAUCGUCCAAGGACCUGUUGUUCACCCGGGGGGUGAUUCACAAGGUCAUUAGAUCCACUGCUGUUGAGGUGUACCAUGUGGACUUGGGCAUGGUGACCACUAUACACACUGCUGACCUGAUGUUCCUCAAGUCAUGCUUCUCCAUUCUUCCAGCACAAGCUGUCCCAUCAUCACUCGCUGGAAUUAAACCAACCUCUGGUGCCUGGACUUCCGAUGCCAUUGCUUCAUUUGUCAAUCUUUGCUAUAAUCAUCCCCUUGUAGGCGCUUUGUUUUGCUACACUGGAGAUGUGCUCCAGGUCUACCUUUGUGAUACCCACACUGACAAGGACAUCUACAUCCACUGUGUCCUCCUCAGCCAGGGCCACGGGGAGGCCUGCAGCCCCUCAGCCAGUGCAGCAUUGUGUGUUCAGGUCAGCCCUGUAAGUCUAUACCUGGGGGAGGGCACAUUUGAACUGCCAGAUGUUGAAGAGGAGACCACUCAGUCAGCAGAAACACUUGAACAGUCAGUGUUUGACACAGUGAGGUUUGAAGCUGAGGAGUUGCCUGCCUUGGAGUUUAUUGAGGACGACGAGAUCAGCACCUAUAUCCAGAAUCCUUCACCGACACUUAUAGAAGAGAAACUGGAGUUUGAUGGCACUGACUCAUGUACAGUUAUUCCAUUCCCUGUCCAGAGGACACACGAGAAAAUCCACAACAAAUUCUUUCAGGGAGCAAAUCUGAGGGAAGGAACACAUUUGAGCUGGUACUCUGGCAGCCUUCUGCCUCAACCGAAUGGGUUGAGAAUUAAAGAGAGGAAAGGUGGAAUGUAGGAAUGGAAGGUUGCGAACAGAUGAAGACGAGGAGAGAGGAGCUUGUUGCAAUGUGACAUUUAUUCUGACUUUUACAUUCCAAUGAUGUCCAAUACUGCAUUUCUUGUUCUGUUUGCAUUUUGCAGUGGUGCAGCUCUUAUGCUGGAUGUUCUUUCGUUAAGUGUUCUGUAUCCAGUAGAUAUACGACGUCAAACGUUAUGUAAAGAAAAAAAGAAGAAGCUAAGAUAAAUGGGUGGUGAUCUUUGACACAUCCAAAGUGAAAAGUCACUUCUGUAUUUCUACAUACAUUUAAGUGAACUUGAUUUUGGAGGAAAUGGCAAUAAUUUACUUGAGCGUGCAUGGCCUCAUACUAAUACUUUUGAAACGUUUUGGAUCAAUAUAUCAGUGGAGGCAGUGUUCCCAGUGCAUUUUCAUGUAUGGAAAUCAAAAAUUUAAAGCUUUACUCACUUUUUUUUAAUAUCUUGAAUAUGUGAGGGUGCAAUAAAAUCUCAUGCCUAUCUAAGUAUUUUGGAACAAAAUGUGCUGCCCACUGUCAGAAAGCGGAUGAGUCCUCCUAACAGGAUAAUGGCCCAAAACGCACAGCUAAAAGCACCCAAUAAUUGCUAGGAGCAAAACAUUGGACUAUUCUGAAAUGGCCUUCUAAGUGCUGACAACAUUUUGUUAGACCACAAAAGUAAAGCAAUGCCAAUUAAUCUCAUUUUUUACAUUAGAAAACCUUGUUUGUUUUUGAUGCAUGUACUGCAUAUUAACUAGUACCAAAGGUUAGGAGAUGACGUUAUUCCUCCUGUUGUAGAUGGUGGCCUUCUUGGCAGUCACACUCUUGGCUCUCACUUACCAAUCUUCUUCCUAUCUUUUUUUAUACAUUUGCAGAGGACUUCCAGUUCUUGGUGAUAUAACGGUUGUCCCCUUGCCUCUGUUCCCUUAUACCCCCUCAGCUUUGUCUGGAAGUUUCGCAGUAAUCCGAAAGCAGGCUAGCAUCUCCAACAACUAGUUGCAGUUCAACUACAUAAGCAUGUCCCUACAUUUUACUGCUACUGUAUGCAGGAGUGGCGGCACGGUGGAGGAUUGGUUAGAGCGUCUGCCUCACAGUUCUGAGGACCGGGGUUCAAUCCCCAUCCCCGCCUGUGUGGAGUUUGCAUGUUCUCC